CACUAACAUGGAUGAUCAAGUUGAUGAUGAUAUGAUUGAUGAUGAUAGUGAUCCGGAAGAUGAAAUUGAUGAAGAUUAUAUCUAUCGAUGAAUAUUUUGUCUUGUUUCCAAAUGAUUUCCAUUUUAACAUCAUGGAUCUUGCGGAUUUUAGGAUGGGCAUCAAUCCUGGACCCCCCAUCAUGAGUAGAGAGGAAUUUGAAACUCGGAAAGCCGAUCUAUGGAGGAAGCGUGCAACGGAAUCUGUUGCUGCAAAGGCACCUGCACCUGCAGCUACUGCAGAAAAGGUCCUCAAGAAGACAAAUGCAAAAGGGAGUGUACAGAAGGGAAAAAUUCUUGAAGUAGUGAAGGAAGUGCCACUGGAUCCUAUGGCAGAAAAACUUCGCCAAGAAAGAGGUAGAGGACAGGGAGGCUAUGUGCCCAACAAAUUAGCAGCUACAUCUUUUGCAUCCACAUCUAUUCAGUCAAUUCCUUCAUUUACGUCAAAGUUUGUGCCCCCAACAACAUCUGCAUCAACAUCUGCAGCUGCAUCAGCAUCGACAUCUAUGCAUGAAGUUACAUCACAAGCCUCAUACUUGGAUACUUCUAGCACGGAUUGUUGUAUUGCUGAUACAACAGAGCGUAAGAAAGGACGUGGGAAGUCACGAAGCCUUGCAUUACUCAAGAUAAAAAGUCAAGGGAAGCGAUUGGAUGUUGAAAUUUGUAGGAUUACUGGGAAUCCAUUGGGAUUGUGGUUUGAUAAAUUCAUCACCGAGUUGGGGAUCGUCACUAGGCAAUUUGCCCCCACAAAAUGUGCCUAAGUAGAGUUUUAUUAGCCCUAAGGAUAAACAAACGCUAAUUGCAUACCUUUGAGUAAGAUAGUUUUUUUUUUAGUCUAGUUUAAUAUUCCCUUUUA